UACAAUUACCCCUCCCCCCUUCUCCCCACAAACCUCUUUGAAUUUCGAGAACAGUGGCAAAGCGACGGAACGACAAAAAAUAAAUAAAUAAAAUUAAACAAAAAACUAUCAACAAUAAUAAGCCCGCCCGCAACAGCUGCUUUUCCUCUCCUCUCCACACACCACACUACUCCUCCUCCACUUCUCAGCUCUUCUCCUCUCAAUUCUCCGCGAUUCUUCUUCCCCGCCCCUUUGGAAAACGGGCAGAGAGGCAGAGCUGCAGAGCCGCAGAAAGCGAUUUCAGUUCAACGACGGCAGCGCACAGGUGCCAUUCGGAAAGUGCGGACGUAGAAUGUUUGCCGGGGAUUCCACAGUCCACAGUAAUUUUCACCUUUAAAAUUUCGGUGGAAUUUACCUUAGCAGCGGCGUUAGCAUCGAGUCACGGGAUCUCGGCCUCACAUCGUUUUCCACCACCUCUUUCCCUUUUUAACUAAAGUCUAACUCCUUGCACUCUUUCCUAUACUUAUUUUCCAAACUCUCUCUUUCCUAAACUUACUCUUCAUACUAAAUCACUCUUCCCCACAAGAGGAAUAGUUCCUCAACGCCUUAAAAUAUAAUUUUUACCAUUUUUUACGGACGUUGCCUACCAUUAUUCAGUAGAAACUCUAUUUCAUCAUCCUUCCCUUAUCACCAUCUUUAUCUCUAACUCCCCAUUUUCUCUUUCUCUUUCCCUUUGACUCUAACUCUCCUCUUAGCUCACCAUUUUCCGUUUUCUACUUUAACUCUGCACUUUAUUUUCACUUCUCCCAUUUAUUUAUUUUUAAAUUUCCUUUACGUUUACAUGUUCUUUCGAUCAACUUUUUAUUGUUUUACUUUCUAUAUUAAAAGCCCCCUUCAAAACAUUAUUUUCGAAACACUAUUUUCUAUCCCAUGCACUGUUCAUUUUCAUUCCUUUGUAAGAUCAUCCUUUUCACGAAUCCCUAACCUUGUCACUAGUUUCAGAUACUUCUUUCCUUCCCAAUACCCACCUGUCACCCUUUCUGAACACCUUCCAAACCCCCUUCCCCAAUCACCCCUUCCCUCGAUCACCCCAUUAUCCAUGUGAGAUGAGUGCGUGCGACGGUUCGGGAACGGUUUCGCGAACGUCUGACGCCCCCGCUUUCCAAUUCGAUGUCAUGCCAAAGAUAACGACGCCGCCGUCGACGGUGACGCCUACGCCGGCAGCGACGCUGGCAGAGACGUCGAAAGCGACAACGACAACGGUUAAAAUUGAAAAUAAAUGGCCGGCGGCAGAGGCAACGGCGUUCAGUUAUCAGCGAACAGCGGAGCAGAUUGGAGCUAAAACUAAAACACCACCCACCCACAAAAAAAGUGAGCAGAAUAUAACCGGAAUAAACGAGAUCUGCGGCGGUGGUAAUCCAUGUGAAGAGCUCCCCAACAAGUUGGCCCUUCGCAAGGCUCAAUUGAAAGCGGCCUUUUUCGGCACCGGAAGUACUACUUGCCAACGCACUACCAGAGGCACCACUCACGGCACCUCUUACCGCACUGCUUACCCCACCAGCAAGACGGAACCAGGCAAGCCGGUGCAACAGCUGAUCGACCAGUUCCAGGCCAUGAUUGUCCAGCAGCAACAGCAGCAGCAACAGAUGACCGAGGGGGAGCAUAAGGCCCUGCCCGGAGCCACUGCCUCCAAUUCGGAUGAGGGAUGUAAUGUCACCGGCGGCGGACUGAGUCCCUACAGCAGUGACAACGAGGACAAUGGCCUAUCCCCGCGCCAGCAGAAGCUCAAGGUCACACGCUGUGCCAGCAGUGAUUCCGCCCUGGGUCUGGAUGUGGACGAUGGCUGUGGCAUGGAUGUGGUGAUGCCGCCACCCCAACGCCGGAUGACGCUCACGGUGACGGAUUUGCCCCUGCGACCGGCACUUCUGCCCCUGGCCGAACCCACAGCCCUGCCGGAUUCACCCCUGACAUCGCCCACCGGCGGAGCCAACUCCAGUUGCGUGGGUGUGCCCACCAAGGUACUGCUGGAGGAGCGAGUGGUGGUGGCCGCACCGGGAUCGCGACGCGAAUCCACCCACAGUUCCUACAGCGAACUGGGGGGCAGUGGACUGCCCCUGGGCGUGCGCUAUGUACGCACACCCUCAGUGGUGGUCAGCGACUACUCCGACGACAUAACCGCCUGCGGGAUUAGCAUGGAGGAGAUGGAGUACUUUCGGCUGCAGCGGGCGCGUUGCCAGCGUCGCUGUUCCCUGGAAGCGGGACAUGGUCAUGGCGGACACGGAGGCCAUGGUGGACAUGCGGGAACGGCGGGAAUGGCACCGGGAUGCGCCAAGGACGAAGGCCAGUCGGAUGUCAGUGCGGCCAGUAGUUGCAGUAACCUAUACUAUUGUGGCUCCACCAUUUCCGCCCUGGACGGAGGCGAGUGCAUUGUGAAUGGCAUCCGAGUGGCGCUGGCCAGGAAGAGCAGCACGCAGAGCAGCAGCCUCAGCGGGGAGGAGGAGGAGGAGGAUGAGGAGGAGGAGGAAGAGGAGGAGCACGAGCAGGAGGACAAUCUCGAGGAUCCCGACGAGGAGGACUUCGAGCGGGGGGAUCGCGAACGGGAGCGCCAGAUCAGCGAGCUCCUGGCGGCCACGCAGCUGGGCGAUCGUCAGCGGGAUCGCUCCAAGAAGGUAGGCGCCCGCAAUGACGUCACAAACCAGGGAAAUCUCAAACUAGACUAAAUAACUUUGGGUGGCGAAAAAGGACAAUGUCUAGUAAAUUUAAUAUUAACCAAUUUUUUUUUUGUUUCUGCGAGCAUAAAAGAGCAGUGAAUGAGGGCAGGUCUGAAUGGCAGCGAAAGAGAUAAGCAGUUUGGUGCAUAUACACAGGGAGAAACGGGUGCUAAAAAAAUGAGGAUCAAUAAUUAAUUCCCAAAUCAAUUAGAGAAAACACAAAUCUUAAAGCUUAGAUCCUUUUAUGUUGUUUUAGAGCAGUAUUAUAUCUUGAAGGAAGAAAAUAUUUUUUAGUUUAUUAACUUGCAAGACCAUUAUAAUUAAAGUACCAAAUGAAAAAGACUAUAUUAAUAAGACUUAUACAAUAUAUUAAAAAUAAAACAUAAAGGAAAUCUUUUGUACUAUGGAAUUGAAAAAAGGGAUUACGACAACGAACCAUUAAUUUCAAGAGUUUCAUCUUGUUCUAAAGAUAGCCUUGAGAUCCCCUGAUCUUACCAUGAGAUUUACAAUUACAGAACGAUAAGUUCCGACAUCAGCUGACGUUUUUUCCCACCGUGUAUAUGCAGGUAUUUUUGCGAGUGUUUGUGUGCGUUUGCUUAAAAGGCUGUUAAUUAAUUUGAUUUUUAUCUUAUCACAAAAAUGAGGUUCUGUUGCUCCGCUUUCCGUUUGCUAUUAUUAUUAUUAUUAUUCCCUUUUUUUUGUGGCUUUCGUGUGAAUGAGAACGAUAUGUCUGAUGUUGAAAAUUAAAUAAAAAAUAUAAUCAAAAUACGAAAACCUCGGUUCGACUCGGUUCGUUUAUUCCUUUUUUUUAUAUCUAGAAAUGGAACAACGGCAACACACAACCACAGCGACAGCGACGACAAAAAGCUUAUCUUAGUUAACUGUAUAUUGUAUUAUAGAUAAAUAUUAUGUACAUAUAUAAACCAGCACAUAUUUACAUUUAUAUAAUGGUUAUCCCAUUCUUGUUGUUGUCGACAGACGGCAGAAAGUUUGUAAAGCAAAUAAAAGUAUUAGAAACCGAAUUUUCGGCGUCAUGAUAACAAUAAUAAAGCAA